CGACCUUCCCACUUCCAGAAGGUUCCUCGCAGCCGGCGCCAUUUUGUCGAGGCGGACGGUGUUUUUUUUUCCCCCGCGGCGGUUGCUGAGGCCGGAGAGGAGGAGAGACGGGAAGGCUCGUCGUGUCCGGAGGCGCCUUUUGAGAAGCGGAGUCGAUUCCGAAAAGGAGAGCCAUGCGGUAUUCAAAGCAAACACACUAUUCUGACUGGGAAGAAAAACAGUGUUUGGAUCCUAAAAAAGGCAGCAGCCAUCAUAAGAGAAGAAGAGAAUCAUACAGCAGUACGCAUGAGAAAAAGCGCUGCAGAUAUACUCAAACCCAAACUUAUGACAGCCUUUAUUCAGAUGCCAGCUCCUUCCAUGAAAGAGAUAAUCAUGAACGCCGUUAUGUGGAAGAAUACAGAUACAACUACAGUCAACUGUCUGAAACCAGGCACCAUUGCAGAGACCAUGAAAAUGGUUAUUACAACCACAGUAGCAAGUCAUCGGGGCAUAGCGGUGGAAGCAGUUACAAAAGAAAACACAAGACUCAUCAUAGUAAAUCACAUCAUUCACACGCGAGGAGUCACCGAAGGAAAAGAUCGAGGAGUGUAGAGGAUGAUGAGGAGGGUCACCUGAUCUGUCAGAGUGGAGACGUACUAAGUGCAAGAUAUGAAAUUGUCAGUAUUCUGGGUGAAGGUGCUUUUGGGAAAGUCGUGGAGUGCAUUGAUAACAAAGUGGGAGGCAGACAUGUAGCAGUAAAAAUAGUCAAAAAUGUUGAUAGAUACACAGAAGCAGCUCGUUCAGAAAUAAAAGUACUGGAGCACAUAAAUAAAUCCGAUCCUAACAACAUAUUUCGCUGUGUCCAGAUGUUGGAAUGGUUUGAACAUCAUGGCCAUGUUUGCAUUGUGUUUGAACUGCUGGGACUCAGUACAUAUGACUUCAUUAAAGAAAACAGUUUUCUGCCAUUCAGUCUUGACCACAUUAGACGAAUGGCUUACCAGAUUUGCAAAUCUGUAAACUUUUUGCAUUCAAACAAGCUAACCCAUACAGAUCUGAAGCCUGAAAACAUACUGUUUGUGAAGUCUGACUACACAGAAGCAUACAAUCCCAAACUGAAACGUGAUGAGCGCACACUGAAAAAUCCAGAUAUCAAAGUUGUGGAUUUUGGAAGUGCAACAUACGACUAUGAACACCAUAGUACUCUUGUGUCUACAAGGCAUUACAGAGCUCCUGAAGUUAUUUUGGCCUUGGGUUGGUCACAGCCUUGCGAUGUUUGGAGCAUUGGCUGCAUUCUUAUUGAAUAUUACCUUGGAUUCACAGUAUUUCCGACACAUGACAGUAAGGAGCACCUGGCAAUGAUGGAAAAGAUACUGGGACCGCUACCAAUUCAUAUGGUCCAGAAAACCAGAAAGCGCAAGUACUUCCACCAUGACCAGUUGGAUUGGGAUGAGCAUAGUUCUGCUGGAAGAUACGUUUCGAGACGCUGUAAACCCUUGAAGGAAUUCAUGCAGUGCCAUGAUGCCGACCAUGAAAAUCUGUUUGAUCUCAUCGGGAAGAUGUUGGAGUAUGAUCCAGCCAAAAGAAUUACUCUUGCAGAAGCCUUGGAGCAUCCUUUCUUUUCCCCAUGCAAGGAAAAAAUAUAAACAACAGAGUUCCUUAGGCAAUUAUAGACUGUGUCAGUCAAAAAGCAACUAAGACUUUUUAUGUAUUUAUUUUGUAAUUAGAUCUGUAAAUUUCUUUUCAUAUUGUCUUGUUCAUCUGUUAAACCUUCCACUUGAAAUAAAGCAUUUGACAAAAAGAA